CUUUCCUCUCACUUUUCAUUCCCUCUCUCACUAUUUAUAUAUACCCACCCCCAAAACAAACACACAUAUCCGACUCCCAGUUAACUCACUCAUCACCCACCCAUCACUCUUGCUUGCUUCCAAAAUGGAACUCGAGCUCGGCCUUGCUCCGGCGGCGGUGACGGCGGCGACCCAUUUUGACGACCGGAUCAAAGGUUUCGAUUUGAACGAGAAUAAUGCGUUCGAGGUAAAGGGUGAUCGCCCGUUGACCAAGAAACGGCGGUUUGACGAGGCGUUUGAGGAUUGCGGGCGCGGCGGAGUGAAAACGCUUAUGUUGCUUCAAUGGGGUGGGAAGCCAAAUGAUGAUGAUGAUCCAAAUGAGGCUCAGACCAAAUGUCGUGUUUAUCAAGGGAACCUAGACGAAGAGAGCAUAAUAGUGGGGUGGCCACCUAUAAGAACAUGGAGAAAGAAGGUGCUACACGAGCAUCAAGGGGGUGGGUGGGUGUUUGUAGCUAAUAAUGGAGGAGGGGGAGAAAUUGUGGUUGAUAAUGGUAGGGUUAAUAAUGGUGGUGAAAGGAACUCCACAUUUGUGAAGGUGAAGAUGGAGGGUGUAGCCAUUGGGAGAAAAGUUAACCUAAGUCUUUAUAACUCUUAUCAAAUUCUAUCCAACGACCUCAUCAAUAUGUUUGCAAGAUACCGGGAUUGUGACGAAAAUGGUAGAGGCUAUACCCUAUUGUAUCAACACAAGGAAGGGGACUGGUUGGUGGCCGGAGAUGUUCCAUGGAUGACAUUUGUGGGGUCCGUACGCAGGAUAGAGAUACUCAAGAAUAGAAAUUGAGGGCGGAAGUAAUGAUUGAUAGGCUGUAUUUUGUCCUUAAGUAUUGUUACUUUUUAAACCCCUACGGGCAUGCAUAUUAUUUAAUGUUGUAUUAAAGGCCUAUUAAAACGCAAGUGUGUAACUUGAUAUGUGUAACUUGAUAGCUAGCUAUAUGUCUCACAAAUAUUAUAUUCAUUGAAGCCUAUAUUUGAAAUUUGGCAUUAUUCCUGUACUUCA